ACAUAUAUAUAUAUAUAUAUAUAAAUAAAUAUAUAUGAUGCUUCCCGCCACAGCUUUUUCAUCACCAUCAUCAUCUUCUGCAAAUUCAGUUGCUGUUAGAGUUGAUAAGGCCACUAGUGAAUUCUUAAAUGGCCCUGAUUGGACUCUUAAUAUUGAUAUUUGUGAUACCAUCAAUACUAAUCCUUGGCUUGCAAAAGAUGUUGUUAAGGCACUGAAGAAAAGGUUACAACACAAGAACCCAAAUGUUCAGCUACUUUCGUUGACGCUUUUAGAAACGAUGGUCAAGAAUUGCGGUGAAAAUGUUCAUUUUCAAAUAGCCGAGCGAAAUAUACUCCCCGAGAUGAUUAAGAUUGUUAAGAAAAAGACGGACAUGCGUGUGAGGGAGAAAAUUUUAGUUCUUCUUGACUCUUGGCAAGAAGCAUUUGGUGGCAGAGGAGGGAAAUAUCCGCAGUAUUAUUUUGCUUAUGAUGAACUGCGUCAAUUUGGAGUACAAUUUCCUCACCGGUCACCUGAUGCAGCUCCUAUAAUUACACCUCCCGUUACACAUCCAUCUGUAAGAUCCCCUCAAGCAAAUUAUGGAAUGCCAAGCAAUUCUUCAACAAGGCUUGAUGAAGCCAUGGCUUCUGAGAUUGAGAAUUUAAGUGUCUCAAUGAUAGAGUCUAUGAGGAAUGUUUCUGAUCUCUUAUCUGAGAUGUUACAAGAAGUUGAUCCAAAUGACCGUGCAGCUGUGAAAGAUGAAGUCAUUGUUGAUGUUGUAGAUCGAUGUCGAUCAAAUCAGAAGAAGUUGAUGCAAAUGUUAGCUUCCACAAGUGAUGAGGAGCUUCUUGGUCAGGGUAUUGAACUAAAUGACAACCUGCAAAAUGUUCUGGCAAAACAUGAUGCUAUUGCAUCUGGUUCUCCAAUUCCUCUUCAAAUAACUAGUUCUAUUACACCACCGUCUAGUGCCCACAAGUCCCCAAACAGACAUGUUGAAGAAAAAGAAGAGAACUCGAAUACAAGCGUCCCAGCCUCUUCCCCAGUUCCCGCACCAUUAAAUAUCAAACCUGAAGAAGAAGAGGAAGAUGAAGAUGAUUUUGCUCUUCUGGCUAGAAGGCACUCUAAAGCACAAACACCCAUGUCUCAAAAUGGCUCGGUGGUAAACGAAUCAGGAACUACCCCUGAUCCUUCAAUGAGUAUGGCUUUAACUAUAACCGACCCGCCUCCACCGGUGAACACAACCAAUGCCGAUGACAUGAUAGACUUUUUGAGCCUCACUUUAUCAUCUGUAAAUACUUCUUCUCCACCCUCUCAACCACCACCCGCCACUUCCCCAGAAAACAUCGACCAAUCAUCACCAGUUUCCGCUGCCACAGUGAAUUAUCCCCACCAAACUCAACCAUCCUUAACUAGUUAUGUCGUGCCAUGGGCUCAGUCGGAACCGCAGCCACAACCUCAACCACAGGUACAGUCGCCGGUUCAACCACAACAGACACAGGUUCAGUCUCAAUAUCAACAACAAAACUACUCGGCUAGUUAUAUUCCACCCCCAUGGGCUGCAACCCCUGGCUAUUACACCAACAACCCGUAUGCUACUUCAUCAGUGCCUUAUACCAACAAUCCAUAUGCUGCUCCUUAUAAUAAUGUCCCUUCACAGCAAGUAAAUUCGUAUUCAGAUAAUUUGAGGGCAGCAGGUAUGAGUGGGGAUGGUCGAGUACCGUCAGUUGCUGGUGAUGCGGGACAAAGACCGUUUGUUCCUUCGUACAGAUUAUUUGAAGAUCUUAACGUACUUGGAAACCCAAAGGCAAGUAGCACAUCAUCCAACUUUCCCGGGAACUCUUCAGGUCAAAGCAUCGGUGGGAAGAAAUGAAAUUAGCAGAAGGUUUAACAGAGUUUGGUAUAAUCAGGAUUUGUGUUCCUGUCAAUACAAUGGUUGGUUUGUGUAUUGGUGUGCAUUCGUUUAGAUCAAUUUCUUGGACUUAGAAGAACAUAAAAGAACCCGUUUUUGUGUCACUUCUAUUGUGAUUUGAGUAUAUGGUUUUGUAUCUAUGAACGGGUUGAUAGAUUUAAA